AUGUCUUCAGUAGCUGUUGCAGACUCUGUUAUCAUUAUAGGUGCCGGCAUCUUUGGCCUUUCAACUGCGCUCGCGAUAUCGCGCCGCUGGCCUUCUGCAAAGGUCACAAUCAUUGAUCGCUUGACGCCUCCAGUUGAAGAUGGUACAAGCGUAGAUACGACAAGAUGCAUCCGCGCCGAUUAUGCCGAUUCUGUCUAUGCACGACUGGCUGCAGAGGCGCAGAGAAGGAUCGAGGACGAUGUUGAUUUAAGCCGCCAUUAUUUCAAGCAGGGUAUGUCGUUCAUUUGUGACGGCAAGCCAGGCCGAUUCUUUGACAUCUGGGCCAAGGGUCUGGAGAACGCAAGAAAAUCGCAGGAUCCUAGUUCACUGGUUGAAAUGCACUCAGCUAAUGAAGUGUUCUCCCGGCUUCACGGUCCUGACGCCAAGCUUGUAUCCGAGCAGGAGCUCGGCAGGAGUCGAAACUGGAUUCAAGGCUAUUGCAACUUGGAAGAUGCCUUCAUUGACGCACCUGUAGACCGUGUUGUGCAUGGAGACGGGGUCGCAUCAGGCGUUCUCCUUGACAACGGCGAGAAGCUGAAUGCAGACCUGAUCAUCGUCGCAGCAGGGGCCUGGUCCGCUCGGCUGCUUGAUCUUCAGGAUUCGAUGUUCUCCUCAGCUAUCGAGGUAGCUUGGGUAAAAGUGACAGCGGAAGAAGAGCGACGAUGGAAGAACAUGUCUAUCACGACCAAUCUGUCCACUGGUUUUAACAUCUUCCCACCCCACAACGGUGAAAUUAAAAUGCUUCGAAGGUCAGCAGGUUACCGCAAUACGGUCACUGUCCCUCAUCCGGAGGAUUCGAACAAGAUGAUCACUAUCUCGUACCCCAGGACCACUAUAACGAAUCCGACCGAUGUGAUUCCACAAGAGGCCGAGGAUGCCUUGAGGGAUAACUUGAAGGAACUUUUCCCUACACUCGCAAGUCGGCCGUUUGAUAGGACGAAACUAUGUUGGCUAGCCCAAACACCAACGGCUGAUUUUAUCGUCUGUCCUCACCCAAGAAUCCAGGGGCUUCAUGUAGCAACCGGCGGAUCUGCUCAUGCGUGGAAGCUUUUGCCCAUCAUUGGCGACUUGGUUUUGGAUUCUAUCGAAGGCAUUCUGGAUGAAGAGCUCAAGCAAAAGUGGAGAUGGGGACGGAAUGGCGGUGAUAGUGGAAAUGCUCCCAGAAUGGAAGGAAGUGUGAAGGAACUUAAGGAGAUCGUAGGUGAUACUUAG